AUGCAAACCCAGACAAAAUCCAUUAUAGGAGUUAGCACUUUUCCGGGCCUCCAGGGUGAGCUGAGUUGGAAACGAACAAAACAUCGAUGGCAGAUGUCCAUACAAUUCUUGCCUUUCUUCUUUAAUUAUUUCCUUCCUUUCUUAAUUACUCUCCCUUCCUUCUCCUCCUCCCCAUUCUUUAUUCCUUCUUUUCUUUAUUAUUUCCUCUUUCUUUCCAUUUAUCCAUCGUUUCUUUACUUUCGUUUCCCACCCAACCUUACUUUGUUUCGUUUCUUACCAUUUUAUUUAUUUUUGCGUAUUUGCUCUCUAUUUAUUUCUGACCCUUCCUCCUCCCUCCUUCCUUCCUUCCUUCCUUCCUUCCUUCCUUCCUUCCUUCUUUACAUUGUAAUUUACUUUCUUCAUCCCAUUUUUUUCGUUUCGCAUCUUUGCUCUCCAUUCCGUUCUGACCUUCCGUCCUUCCACUUUAAUUUACUUUCUUCCUUCCUCUCAUCCUUCGUCUCUUCCUGUUUCUCCUGCUCCUCCUUUCUUUUUUCUAUCUAUCUAUCUAUCUAUCUAUCUAUCUAUCUAUCUAUCUAUCUAUCUAUCUAUCUAUCUAUCUUACUUCUUUUUCAUGAUGUUCCUUAUUCCUUACUUCCUUCCUGCCUUCCUUCCUUCCUUCCUUCCUUCCUUCCUUCUUUCUUUCUUUCUUUCUUUCUUUUACUCCAAUCUUUUCUGUUAUCAUGUCUUCAUUUUUUAUGA